CUCAAAACAGGAACAAAAUGGCUGCAACUGGAGACGACGCCAGUGCGAUGGAGAGCAUCUCCAGGGCACCAGCGGCUCAUACAGCGGCCCCGAUCCCGGCUCCGAGCUCCAGCAGCCACACAGAAGUCCCGGAGGAUGCAGAGGACAGCCCGGCGGCCGCUCCAAAGAAACCCCACACCAACAGUGAUGGAGGUGUGGAGACAGCAGAGGAGGCUGUGGAGCCUGCAGAGCCUGACAUCAACGAGUUGUGCACUGAUAUGUUUGAAAAGAUGGCCGUCUUCCUGCAAGGAGAACUCACAGCCACCUGCGAGGAUUACCGCCUGCUGGAGAACAUGAACAAGCUAACCAGCCUGAAGUACAUGGAAAUGAAAGACAUCAGCAUUAAUAUCAGCCGUAACCUGCAGGAUCUCAACAACAAGUAUGCCAGCCUACAGCCUUACUUGGACCAAAUAAAUCAGAUUGAGGAGCAAGUGUCUUCACUUGAACAAGCUGCUUACAAACUGGACGCAUACUCCAAGAAGCUGGAGGCCAGAUUCAAAAAACUGGAGAAGCGAUGAGGAGGAAGAAGAGGCAGACUGAGAGUUACGGUGCCUUCUCGCCUUCUUUCACCCUGCCUUGCCUCAGUCGCUCCUUGCCAGCGGAGCCAGGAGCUGCGGGGCAGGAUGUGAACUGAGACUGAAACAACAAACAGUCCGAGCCACAUUGACACUUAGAAUCGACCGAGGAGGAAGCAGCUGAAGGCACAUGAAUUAGUACUGCAGUGCUUGGCUUAGAUUUAACUCCAGUAUCACAGUUUUUUGGCAGCAGUCGUGCAGCCAAGUUCACGGUGUACAGCCGUGUUCUUUUUGCAGACACACUUUACGUUGAAUAAAUCUGCCUAAUGACCUGCAUAUCCUAACUGAGGGGUGGAAUCAGAGUGCACUAAUCUAAUACUAAACAUUAAGACACACAGCAGCUACUUAAACCAGUGGAGUAUAUAAUGACACUUUGCUCAUGUAUAGAUAAUUUACAUGAUGAAGCAUGCUCAUUGUUUUAAUAAUGACCCUGAGAGUUGGAAUUCGACUUGUUAAUAGUAGCCUAAAAUCUACAUUGGGAGAUUGUAUUACAGAUAUUCAUUACAGAUUUGUUUUCCUGGGUGGUUGUGAACAGCACCACAGUCUGUUAACGUUAUUGAGAGUUUCUUAUGUUAAAGGUUACUGUGUAGAGCACAGCUGAAAAUCACACUAGCUUUGUACAGUGAGUUUUAAGUUUGUAAUUUAAAAAGAUGAAUCUUUGACAUGGAUGAACUAUUGUAGGAUGUGUAUUUUGAGAUAUUGACACUGAAAACUGGAGGCUUUUUAAAUAAACGGUAAUUUGCUCA